AUGGAGGACCAGUUGGUGCAGCUUCUUUCCAGUACCCAACUGUCCGACCAAGGUCCCAGGCAACAGGCCGAAAUCGAGCUCAAGCGCGCACGAACGAAUCCCGCCUUUCCGCUGUCCCUCGCUAACAUCGCUGCUCAUACCUCGAUUGAAACAAGCAUUCGCCAGUCUGCCCUUACCAACCUGCGACUCUUUAUCGAGAACAACUGGAGCAAUGACGAGCUUGACGAUGAACCUCAAAUCCCCAUCUCCGAUGAGGUCAGAGGCCAGCUCAAGCAGGUUCUGCUCGACUUGGUUUUGAGCCAGGAAGAGGACCGCAAAGUCAAGAUCUCUGCCAGUUAUGCAGUCGGAAAGAUCGCCGUCCAUGACUUUCCCGACCAGUGGCCCAACAUGCUUCCUUCGGUCCUUUCCGUUGUCCCAUCUGGCACCGAUGCCCAACUCCACGGUGCUUUGAGAUUGCUCAACGACAUAAUCGAAGAGAGUUUGAGUGAGGACCAGUUCUUUUCCAUGGCACAGGAUAUUGCCAAGGCCCUCUCCGAAGUCGCUUUCAACGAGAACCGAAAGCCCAUGCACCGAGCUCUUGCCAUCUCAAUCCUCCGAGGAUGCUUCGAUCUUCUCAAUAUGAUCAGGGAGGACCACGCCAAGGAGGUCCGCGCAUUUGCUGACGGACUCAUUCAACAAUGGAACCCCUUCUUCAUUACUGUGAUGAAGAGCCCUCUCCCCGAAGCCAACCUCGAGAAUGGUAGCCAGCCCGACACCUGGAGCAACAUCAUCGCACUCAAGCUCCAGGUUGUGAAGACGCUCAUUAGAAUUAGACGUGUCUUCCCCAACCUUCUCUUACCUCAGAGCACUGUUUUCUUUAGUGCGGUAUGGGAGGAGCUUUCCACCUUGCAAGCCCCCCACGAACAGCUGUACAUCAAGCAGGAUGCCCAGGGACGACUUGAGGACUCCGACAAUCUGCCAUACACCCUGGACUUCCUCAUUUUGGAGGAAUUGGAUUUCCUGAACCAGUGCUUCAGGGCUCCACCGGUGCAGGCCGAGCUUGAGGGUCAUCUCAACGCCCACCCCUCUGCAUCGCAGGUUCCCUGGAUGAAAGAGAUCAUGAACAUGCUCAUCGGAUACUCCCGUGUCACUAGGGAAGAGGAGGAACUGUGGGAUAUAGACUGCUCCUUGUACCUUGCCGAGGAGACUUCCGUCACCGCAAACUACACUGCACGCACUGCUGCUGGUGAUCUGUUGAUCAAGAUGGGUGAGUGGUUCAACCAAAAGGCCAUAGAAGGCCUGUUUGGGCAGACACAACCACUCUUUGCCAACGGAGGUUCCGAUUGGCGUAACCAGGAGGCGGCACUCUACCUUUUUGUUAUGCUGGUCAGCGACUUCCAAGACAUGGACAAGCCAAUUCCGGAGGAAGUUGCCCAUGCAUACCUUGUACUGGUAGACUACGCCAUCAACCGGGCCGAUGAGCCUCUUCUCCGGGCCAGAGGAUACCUCGUUGCUGGUAUCCUUUGCCGAUCUUACCAGACUCCUGCCGAGCUGUUGGAUCGUAUGAUCACCUCGAUCACGCAAGAGGAAUCAGAGGUUGUUCAAGUUGCCUGCAUCAAGGCCCUGGAGGGUUUGAUCAACGCUGGUCAAGUGCCUACCGAUAGACAGGUUCCCAUCAUCAAUGCUAUCCAAAGCUACAUGAAUGGCAAGGACCCCAGUGAGAUGGAAGAUGCGGAUGAACUUCUCGUUACACUCUCCGAGUCUCUUCGCGCCGCUAUCACACUGGACACUCGAAUUGCCCUCUCCAAUGAAGUGCAGUCCGUUGACCUUCUCUUCAUGCUUGCCAAGCUUGGCGCUAGCAACUUCCAAGUCACAAUGUUGAUUUCCGAGGGUCUUGAGGAUGUAGUUACUGCUCUAUCGGAUACUGAGUCUUAUACUGCCCUCUGCGGAAAGCUUCUGCCUACCUUGACCGGCGCCUUUGAUGUUGCCAACCUCACUGAAGAUAACCCUCUGGUUACAGUCGCCGUCGAGCUGCUGGCUAUCCUUGCCGAGAACGGACCCGAACCACUACCUGCGGGCUUUGUGGCAGCUACUUUCCCCAAGCUGAACCGCCUCCUCAUGGAGUCCAACGAGGGUGAGGUUCUUCGACCAGGAUCAGAGGUCGUCAAGUGGAUGCUUCAGCAUGAUCACCAGCAAGUUCUUGCAUGGCAAGAUGCUAACGGCCGCUCCGGUCUCGAGGUUUGUCUCCACAUCGUCGACAGGCUCCUGGGUCCCUCUAUUGAGGACAACUCAGCCUCCGAGGUUGGUGGUUUGGCCGCAGAGCUUGUUGAGAAGGCUGGCCAAGAGCGUCUUGGUCCUUUCCUACCCCAGCUUCUCCAAGCUGUUGCCAACCGACUUGCCACUGCUCAAGCCGCGGCCUUCAUCCAGUCUCUCAUCCUCGUGUUUGCCCGUCUCACCCUUUCCGGAGCCCACGAAGUGGUUGACUUUUUAAGUCAAAUUCAGAUCAGCGGGGAAAGUGGUCUGCAGGUUGUCUUAGCCAAGUGGCUAGAGAACUCUGUCAACUUUGCUGGAUAUGAUGAAAUCCGCCAAAACGUGAUCGCUCUAUCCAAACUUUACUCCCUCAACGAUCCUCGCCUUGCACAAACACAGGUCAAGGGUGAUUUAAUCGUAAACCAGGACGAUGGGCUAAUUAAGACACGUUCACGUGCGAAGAAGACCAUGGCACCAGACCCCGACCAGUACACCGUCAUUCCUGCUUCACUCAAGAUUAUCAAGGUCCUCAUUGAAGAACUUCUAUCCGCAUCUGGCCAACGGGCUGCUGCCAAUGCUGCCGCUGCUGCUGUGGCAACUGCCAGUUUUGAGGACGAGAACGACGAGGAGGGCUGGGAAGACGACGACGAUACUCUCGACCUGAGCCUGGGAGCCACCAAGCAUGACCUCAUGUCGUUUGUGGAAGGUGGACAGCGACAGCGAGACGACGAGACGCAAGCUUACCUCACCGAGUUCUUCAUCCGUUGCGGCCAGGAAAACACUGCCAACUUCCAAGAGUGGUAUAACAUGCUGACAGAAGAAGAGAAGAUAAAGCUUAACGAGGUGGCCAGCUCGGCAGGACAAUAG